AUGGCUUGUCGAGGCAAAUUUGACAACAUGGCUCCUGUAUUUUCUUCCAAAGGAGAAAAAAGAAAGGAAAAUUUCAAUAACAUGAUGGCGAAAAGGUUCGGUUCAAAUGGCAGAGAUGUGGCGGCCGAGCUGCGCACUAUUGCGGACGCCUUGGAAGAAACUCUCGAGUUCCAGCGUUUGAUGGGCAAAAGAUCGAGAACAGAAGAUCCAGAGGAUCGACCCCUUUCACAACUAGCGGAUCCAAAACCCAAGGGCGAUAAAAUAAAUGGCGUGCUUGACCACCACCCACCCCGACUAUCAACGCCAUCUCAAGAGAGGUCUAUGUCUAGAGAUUCUUUACGUCGUACCAGUCGGUCGGUAAACCUCAACGGAGUCCAUGAUGGGCAAUCCGAUCCUAGAUCAUAUGGAAGAAGUGCUGCGGAGCGGCUACCACUAAAUAGACACUUCUCUGAAAACGAUAUUCCUCAGGAAAUUUUGCGCCCAAGCUCCACGCAACCAGGUCACUCAAUGGCGCCGCAACCCGCUAGGGCAGCAACUUUUCCCUUUGUCAGAUCAAUGACCCCACAGCCAGCCCCCACGAGUGUUCAUUUUCCCUAUCGUUCAGAUAUUCGGCAACAUAGCCAGCCACCGUAUGCUCGUUCUCCAGGCUAUACAUCUAUCAUCGCUCGCGGUGGUCUAGACCGACAUCGCAGUCGACCGCCACCCUCUCAACGCUUAUACGAAGUACCUGAUCCUCCGCAGACAUACAGUCUCGAUGUCCCUCCGCAACUCGACCCGAAUCCAUAUUACAGACCCCAAAUCGCGUCCCCUGCUGAACGUGCUUCCCGAAGGGAUCGUUUUCCUCGAAUGUCCGAAGAACGUAGGGGAAGAAAAAUGGAGCCUACUGUAAGGCCAAAGCAUCACGAGACAAUAUAUCAGGUUGAUUCAAAUAUCAUUGAGCGAGAGUAUGAUCCCGAAAAAGACGAAGAUGCUGAAUCUAUCGGAUCCUUGGAUCAUGUCCAGUCGUUUGCAUCACCUCAAACAAUCAAACCUCAAAACAGAGUGACUUGGAAUGGAUCAUUCAGAUGA